AUGGACACUUGCCACCACAUGGAUGAAAUGGAAGACAGUACCCAAAGUGAAAUAAGCCACAAAGCAAAAGAGAAGUGCUGCACGCAGCAGCCGGAGCAGCACACGGGAGAGAAACCAUUCAGAAGUAGUGUGGACACGGCCACUUUUGUGAAAGGAUAUGGACUCCAUGAUUCAGGAAAGCCCUUUACCUGUACAGAGGUUCAGAAGGACUUCCUGCCUGGCUUGGUGCGUCUGCAGCAGGACGCCAUUCAUACUGGAGAGAAGCCAAACACAAUCAGCCAGUGCAGGGCAACUUUGCAGAGCAGUAAAGGUCAUUACACUCGGGGAGAAUGCAAGGAAGCUUUUGGUCCCAAAUAUACACAUGUUCAGGAUCAGGGUGUCCAACCUGGAAGUCCAUGUUUUGUGUGCAGUGAAUGUGGGAAAACAUUCAGGCAAAAAUCUUUAUACACUAUCCACCAGACAUUCCAUACUGCACAAGGACAUCAUGAGUUUGGCGAAGGUGAAAAAUCCCUUAGACGAAGGUCAGCUCACAGUCUGUACGGAAAGACUCACACUGGGUCUAGGCAAUACACGUGCAACAAAUGUGGGAAAUCCUUAAGCCACAAAUCAGUACUUAUUCAUCCCCAGAGAUGGCAUAGUGGAGAAAGUAAUCAUGUUUGCAGUGGAUGUGCAAAAUCUUUUAGCCAUCGCCAAAUGUUGAUUACACGUUCUGUUCAAACCUUAGAAAGGCCUUAUAAUUGUGGUGACUGUGCAAAACGUUUUACCUCUAUCUCUGCUCUCAGUUAUCAUCAGAGAUCUCACACAGGGGAAAGACCUUAUGAGUGCAGUGAAUGUGGGAAGUCUUUUAUCUCCAGUACUGGCUUCCGUUCUCACCAGAGUGUUCACACUGGAGAAAAGCCUUAUGAGUGCAGUGAAUGUGGUAAAUCAUUUUUCUCUAGGUCUGACCUCCAUUAUCAUCACAGAGUUCACACUGGGGAGAGGCCUUAUGAGUGCAGUGAAUGUGGCAAGUCCUUUCACCGAAGAAAUAACCUCAAUGUACACAUAAAGGUUCACUCAAGUGAGAGGCCAUACGAAUGUAAUGAAUGUGGAAAAUCUUUGAAGUGUAAGUCUUCAUUCAUUCAACACCAAAGAAUUCACACAGGAGAAAGGCCUUAUGAGUGCAGUGAAUGUGGGAAAUCUUUUACCACUAGUUUUGUCCUUCGUUCUCACCAGAGAGUUCACACCGGAGAAAGGCCUUAUGAGUGCAGUGAAUGUGGGAAAUCCUUUACUGCUAGCUCUGUCCUCCAUAAUCACCAGAGGGUUCACACAGGAGAAAGGCCUUAUGAAUGCAGUGAAUGUGGGAAAACUUUUACCACUAGUUCUGUCCUCCGUUACCACCAGAGAGUUCAUACUGGAGAAAAGCCUUAUGAAUGCAGGGAAUGUGGCAAGUCCUUUCCCCGAAGAACUAACCUGAAUGUACACAUAAAGGUUCACUCAGGUGAAAGGCCUUAUGAGUGUAAUGAAUGUGGGAAAUCUUUUAAGUGUAAUUCUUCCCUCAGAUCUCACCAAAGAGUUCACACUGGAGCAAGACCUUAUGAGUGCAAUGAAUGUGGGAAAUCUUUUACAGCUAGUUCUGUCCUUCGUGCUCACCAGAGAGUUCAUACUGGAGAAAGACCGUAUGAGUGCAGUGAAUGUGGCAAGUCCUUUCUCCGAAGAAAUAGCCUCAAUGUACACAUAAAGGUUCAUUCGGGAGCCUGGGAGCUUCUCUUCCAUCCCUAA